AAGGAGGGCAAGAACGAGGAGACCGCUCUCUUCCUGGCAUGCAAGCACGAGCACAAUGACGUGGCUCGUUUCCUGCUAGACGAGAAGGCUGACCCCAACACCUCCAAUGCGCAAGGACGCAGCCCCAUGCAUGUCGCGUCACAAGCAAGGAACCUGCCACUGCUCAACUACCUGCUGCGAGCAGGAGGAAACUUCAUGCAAGAGACCUUGGACGGGUCCGUUCCUCUCACUCACCUCCAUCCC